GUUCCUCAGCUGCUGUCGUAGGCGCGGACCGCUGCCAGUGCGGCUGCAGUUGGCUCGCGGCGGCGGCGGCGGCGGCCGAGGCGGGGGCUGAGGCGACAGGCGAAGAGGGCGGCGGGCGCGGCGGCGGCGGAGCCCGAGGCGGGCGGCAGCGAGGGGGGCGAAGAUGGCGGACGUGCUCAGCGUCCUGCGACAGUACAACAUUCAGAAGAAGGAGAUUGUGGUGAAAGGGGACGAAGUGAUCUUCGGCGAGUUCUCCUGGCCCAAGAAUGUGAAGACCAACUACGUGGUUUGGGGGACUGGGAAGGAAGGCCAACCCAGAGAAUACUACACAUUGGAUUCUAUCUUAUUUCUACUUAAUAAUGUGCACCUAUCUCACCCUGUUUAUGUCCGACGUGCAGCUACUGAAAAUAUUCCGGUGGUUAGAAGACCUGACCGAAAAGAUCUACUUGGAUAUCUCAAUGGUGAAGCAUCAACAUCGGCCAGUAUAGACAGAAGUGCCCCUCUAGAAAUAGGUCUGCAGAGAUCUACUCAAGUCAAACGAGCUGCAGAUGAAGUUUUGGCAGAAGCAAAAAAACCGCGAAUUGAGGAUGAAGAGUGUGUACGCCUUGAUAAAGAGAGAUUGGCUGCUCGUUUGGAGGGUCACAAAGAAGGGAUUGUACAGACUGAACAGAUCAGGUCUUUGUCCGAAGCUAUGUCAGUGGAAAAAAUUGCUGCAAUCAAAGCCAAAAUUAUGGCUAAGAAAAGAUCUACCAUCAAGACUGACUUAGAUGAUGAUAUAACUGCCCUAAAACAGAGGAGUUUUGUGGAUGCUGAAGUAGACGUGACCCGAGAUAUUGUCAGCAGAGAAAGGGUGUGGAGGACGCGAACAACUAUCUUACAGAGCACAGGAAAGAAUUUUUCCAAGAAUAUUUUUGCAAUUCUUCAAUCAGUAAAAGCCAGAGAAGAAGGGCGUGCACCUGAACAGCGACCGGCCCCAAAUGCAGCACCUGUGGAUCCCACAUUGCGUACCAAGCAGCCUAUUCCAGCUGCCUACAACAGGUACGACCAGGAAAGAUUCAAAGGAAAAGAAGAAACGGAAGGCUUCAAAAUUGACACUAUGGGCACCUAUCAUGGUAUGACGCUGAAGUCUGUAACGGAGGGUGCCUCAGCCCGUAAGACGCAGACUCCUGCAGCACAGCCGGUACCAAGACCAGUUUCUCAAGCCAGACCUCCCCCAAAUCAGAAGAAAGGAUCUCGAACACCCAUUAUCAUAAUUCCUGCAGCCACCACCUCUUUAAUAACCAUGCUUAAUGCAAAGGACCUUCUACAGGACCUGAAGUUUGUCCCAUCAGAUGAAAAGAAGAAACAAGGCUGCCAACGAGAAAAUGAAACUCUAAUACAGAGAAGAAAAGACCAGAUGCAACCAGGGGGCACUGCAAUUAGUGUCACAGUUCCUUACAGAGUAGUAGACCAGCCCCUUAAACUAAUGCCUCAAGACUGGGACCGGGUUGUAGCAGUUUUUGUGCAAGGUCCUGCAUGGCAGUUCAAAGGUUGGCCGUGGCUUUUGCCUGAUGGAUCACCAGUCGACAUAUUUGCUAAAAUUAAAGCCUUCCAUCUCAAAUAUGAUGAAGUUCGUCUGGAUCCAAACGUUCAGAAAUGGGAUGUAACAGUAUUAGAACUCAGCUAUCACAAACGUCAUCUGGAUAGACCAGUUUUCUUACGAUUCUGGGAAACCCUGGAUAGGUACAUGGUAAAGCACAAAUCCCACUUGAGAUUCUGAAUUACUUGUUUUCCCGCUUUUCUGGAAAUCUGGAUUAAGAAGCAUGGAUACACCGUGAUCUAGAGACUGGGACUGAAGCUUUAUGAAUCUAUCAAGAACUUACAAAUGAAGAAGGUCUCAGAUCGAUCUUUUAUAAAACCUUAUUUGAUGAUUUAUGCUUCAAAGGGAUGAUGCCUGUCAUAUAAGCAAACUUUUUGGCUUACAACUAUUUUUUUAAUAUUAGCCUUCUAGUCUGUAAUGGAAAUUGUAUAUUUUGAUAGAAUUUUUUUCUCCAUUGGUUAAAGUAGCAUUACUUAAAAUUUGUUUCUUCAGAAAAUAAAUACAGGUUACAAAAGUGUGUAUAUGUAGAGGUUAUAAGGCUCUCUAAGCCAUCUUCUGAUUUUUCAUUGCUCUAUAAUUCCUUUUAUUGAAAAUUCCUUUUAUUGAAAAUACUGUGUUAUGAAUGGUAUUAAUUUUAGUCUCUGGAACUUCCAAAACCAAGCAAAGGGAUGUGACUAUUUUGAAUGAAUCAAAAUGUCAGCCUGUAUGUGUACUAUAUCUGUACUUUCUCUUUAUUUAAAAAGGAAUAAUGAAAAAUCAAGAACAAUUCAUCACCUUUGGUUGAACUGUUCGGCUUUUCAAGACUUCUUUACUUAAAAUGAAUCAUUUAAUGAAUGUACAUUCUUCUCACUGACUUUGGUAAUUUUAAAACUUAGAAUGAUAUAUUUCUAUCUGUGAUAUCUUUCCACUUGAAAAAUCUCAAAACACAGAUUAAAAACCUUAUAGGCUAUAGUACUUUUUAUUUUGGGAGCCAGAGUAUGAUUUGGGGGAAAGAAAUGUAUUAGUCCUAGUGCAGUGUAACUCUGUCUUUUCUAAUAAGUCCACCUUUGAUUCUUUGUAUGGUAUAGGAUUUUGAGUCUUCUGUUUCUAGGCAUGUUCUUAUCUUCCAUUAUCUUUAAAUAUUGAUAAACUCUCCCAGACACCAAAGAACAUAUUUGCUUAAUUAAGUGUCUGAACAGAAACAAGAUAAAAACACUGGUAUUUUUAUGUGCGUAUUCAAUAUCGUAUAAAAUAUAAAACCUAUAUUUUAACUUAGUAAAAUAUUUUACUACUUCUGUACUUUAGACAGUGUUGCAUCCAAGGUACAAUGAAUGAGCAUUUUUCUUGAGUCUUGAUCCAUCUUUUAUUACUUAAAAGCAGCUUGGAACCUUUACUCCCCUAAAGAGUUUUUACCACUAGAACUGUUGCUGAUCAUUCAUCUUAUGUCAUUUCCCACCCCAGGAAUCUCUCAUAGGUUAACAUAUUUUAUGUAUACAUUUAGCUCCUUCUUAUGUUAAGCUGACAUUACCUAGCCUCAUUUUGAAAUUUAAUGCUAUCAUAAAAAUGAGAAGCACUUAAUAUUUAUUUUUUAAGUAACCAAAAAAGUCCAUGCCAAUAAUGAACAGAAAAAGUAUUUAUUCAUAUGGAAUUCACUAGGUUCUUGAGGAAGAAAGCAGUCAGCGUUUUAAAUUAUUAGAUUUUAGGAUAUUUAUAAGGUUUGAACAGACUCUGCCCCCCACCCGUUUCUUCCCUUCUCUGCAUCCUCUCUUCUUGAAAAGAAAACUCAAAUUUGUUCACAUUAGAAUUUCUCAGCAUAUAAAUCUGUUUUCAAAAUAAAUUGUGUUGUAUAAACUUUCUCCGUGAUGAAAUAGUCAAGGACUAGAAUCUGUAAUAUUUUAAUGUAAGAUUACUUGUUAAGACUACUACAAGUGGACAUGAACUACCUUUCUAUAAAGAUUUUUAGUAUUUAUACUUAUGUAUGAAAUUUAUAGAGUGUGGUUAAAAUUGGGAACAUCUACUUUAAACAGGGUUUAUUUUUCUAUCUUGAAUUUGCCUUACGUGUAUUCAGAGGCUCUGGAAAUAACAUUAAGAAAAGUACAAAUAUGCUGUUUCAUGUAUUUGAAAAUCAAACCCUUGGUAUGUACUUUUUGUCUUUGUCUUUUUUUUUUUUUUGACCUUCAUUCCCUUAUUUAGGUCCAUGUAAUUCAUUUUAUAGCCAUUAAUUCUAAGGAAAAAAGCUUCCAGCCCAUCACUCUUCAUCCUCUCGUGGCUCCAGGUCCUGUAGCGGCACCUGUCACAGUGCCUUGCACACAGUAGGCAUUCAGUACAUAUUUAUGUGCACGAAUGAGUGAUGGAUUCUCAGUGUAACUGAUCUAUUACAAAAAAGUACUUUGACUCUACUUGGUCUUGGAGUUUAAAAAUACAGAAUUGUAAUUGUAAUUCCCUGUAGGGAAUGAAGAGGCCUAUGUAGAUAUUUUAAUGGAAAGGAAGUAUGCAUUAGUAAGUUUGACUUACCCAUAAGUAACUGGAGACACCCUUGUCUUGUCUCACCAGUAAAAGAAAGCGCCUUUUCUCCAUUCAUAGGACACCUUUUCUGAGUCAGGCAAUAGUAAGAAGCUUGUGGGUUUCAGUCAGCAGCUCUCAACCCUGACUGUACGUUAGAAUCAUUUGGGGGCCUUUAAAAAAUUCCGUUGCCUGAAUCCUGUUUCUGAUUUAAUUUGUAUGGGAUGAGACCUGUUCAUCAGUAUUUUUAAAAAGUUGUUCUUCAGGUAUUUUAUGUUGAGAAAGGAUCGAAAAUCACUGGCUCAAUUUGUUACGAAAACAAUGCCAGUAUUAAAUGUUGUGUCGUCUCCUCCUUUUUUUGUUUUUGUUUUUUUUUUUCUUUCGUGGCCACCUUUUGCACUAGACCAUCCCCAUUAUUGGUGGUAUUGGCCUAUAGUUCCACAAGACAAAUUCAAGUCUUAUUUAUUUAAUAUACGAAUAUUUUGCUGUUUAAUAUUUAAACAAUGUUUAAUAUAUUUCCUUAUAAACUAGUAUUAUAGUUUAUGGUUUGUUUCCCCUGUGUCCAUAUCCUUUACUAACUUUUUUUUUAACAGCAGCGUGACAACAGUCCAUACAGAAAUAACUAAUUCAUAAUGAGGAAAAUUCAUAAUUAAUUUUUAAGGUAGAAGGAAAUAAAGUAUUAAUUUCUUAUCUGCCAUGCAGAAUUAGACAAAUAGAAUUUGCUUAUGAAAGGAAAGAGGCAUACUUUUUAAUUGGUCUACACAGAAAAUUAAAAGUAAAUUAUUCAUUUAAAUAAGAUUCAUUAUCUAAUAAACAUUGAAGGAAAUAUUUUUCCUAAAUAAAAAAUUUUGUGACUCCUAAUAAAAUUAAAAUGAUGACAUUGUUCUUUUUUGGAGGGUGGGGAGGGGGUAUUUAGUUGCCAUAUUUCUUACUACAUAACAAUUUCAUUUUAUUGGUGUUAACAGUAGGAACAGUGAUGAUAAGGUAUACAUAUGUGGCCAGGAAUAAAGUGCCACUUUGUCAGAUAACUAUUAUAUGAGUCUUAGUUGUCAAACUAAUUCGUUUAUAAAAUUUUUGGAGACCAACAGUUUAUUUUAUAAUAUUACAAAUGCAGCCAUUACAAAAGCUGGUCAAAAUUAAAGGAAACAUGAAAAAUAAAUAUAAUCACAUUAGCCUUAAUAUUAUGUGACUGAACUUUUAUGAUUCACUUGGAUUUGAUAUUCAACUGAUUAACCAUGGUAUAUUAACUUUAGAAAUAAAAAGGGGAGAAAUGACUGAAUUUGACGUAAGAAUUGCAUUAGAAAUUUUGAAAUGCCAUGUCCUAUAUGUUCUGGCCAACUCAUUGCCACAUUUGGAUAUAUAUUGACCCCAGCAUGGUUUCUAUAUUAAUAUGUUGGAAUAAUAACUAAGGAAAAAUUAAAAAUGUAUAAUAGAUGUAUAAAGAAUUAUAUUUAGUAAAUGCAUAAUAGGUAAUGACACUUUCAGGUCUGUUUGGUUUUUUAUGUAUUAUUUUAGGUAGUGUUUAUACGAGUAUCUUGGGAGUUAUAAAAUGCGUGCCAUUUAAAUGAGUAAAGCUAAUGAAAUAAAACCAGUUUUAUUGCCAAAAUUCAAAAAGUGGGGUGAUACUAUGUCAAAUUUAAGUAAAUGACCUAUCUCUCUGAGAAUUUUGUUUGCCAUUGAAUUCCAUUUCUAUCCACUUUAAAUUUACUAAAAGCUACUUAACCUCCAAGUUUGAUUAAAGUGCUUUAAUAUGUAAUGCGGUUCAUGUACAUGGUGUAGGCACUAGAAGUGCUUGUCUAGCCACCAAUUUUAUUAUUUCUCAAGCAAAGUGGUUCUUGAGUAGAGUUUAAAUUUGGACGGUGUAACCUGAUAAAGUGUUGUACUCAUUCUGAUUUAACAUCAGUGGAUUUUUAAGUUUCCGGUUUAAUUGUGAAUAAAACAUUUUGUGGUACUUUAAUACUACCCUCCCCCCGCCCCCAUGCCCCACCAGAAAAAGCACAUUCAGCCAAGAAGACAGAAACUGUACUGUGGGGUCGGAUGUGGAUGAUGAAAGUCUUUACAUAAAAUGAUUCAUCAGAUUUUCCAGGCAUAGUAUUCCUCUGUUUCGGAAAUAAAUACAGUAUAUAAGUUUUCACUUUGAAAACGACUGAGUUAAGUACAUUUAUAGUCACCUUUUCUGUUAAUGAGUUAAAUAAUACAGAGACUCGUCGUUCUUCGUAAAGAUGAGCUGUGUGCUCGGCUGAACUUACAGCUUGGUUAUGGUCACAUUUCCUAUAUCCUUGUCAUGGAAUUAAGAGUGUAUCCUGGUAAAUUACAUUAUCUUUACAGUUUGUGCAUCCUGAUUUUAACAUUUAAUAGUUUAAAACAAACUGUACUCCCACAUAAUCAAAUCAUUAGCAGCAGCAGCAUAUUGGUGGUGCCAGUAAUAAUGUGUGAAUCUUCUGCAGCAAAAUUUCUUUAAUGAAGUUUAAUGGGCCAUAUUCGAACCUAAUUUCCAUCCAGUUCAUAAGUGCCCACUAAAUAUGUAUUUUCUUCUGCUCUCUGUCCCUUUGAUCAUCUGCUCUUGGGUGAGCUAUCACAUAACUAAAGUAGAUAUAUCCUGAGUUGUAAAUGUUGAACUUUUUUUAGGGCUUAAAGGUACUAGUAUAUAAAUAACAGCACAUUGCCAAAUAAGCUUUUUUUCCCUCAUUUUCUAAAACACUUUUCCUAUUAUAUUUGAUU